AUGGGCUCCAUCGAGACGCAACCAAGCUUUGAAACACCAGCUUCACCUGAUGGACGGCGCCUGGAGAGGCUGGUCAGCGUGGGCCAGGGGGGCCAGAAGGGCACACUGCGUGUGGCGUUUGCCCCUUUAGAGACUCAGGGCUCCAUUGGAUCGCCUACGGGCGAAUCAGGAUCCCAUAUGAAGACGCUGG